AUGCUUUCUGUGAUGACCCAGACGAGAGCGCUCAGUUUGCACAGCUGUCUGCUUUGUGUUGCUCUGAGUUGGGUGCUGCUAAGCAAAGUUGCAGUAACAACAACCAGCAGUGUCCGUGAAGCUCGGUCAGCGGGUGGUCAGGUGGUUCAGCCGGUGGACUGUGUGUUGUCGGAGUGGAGUGCAUGGUCACGCUGCGACACUUGUCAGAAGAAGAGAUAUCGCUAUGCUAAGCUGGAGCAGCCCUCUCAGUUCGGAGGGGAGCCGUGCAGUUUCUACGGCAGGGAGGAGGAGGCCUGUAUCGUUCCAGCCCGCUACACCUGUGACAAUGUUCCUGUAUGUGAGGGAUUCCUCUGCAGCCAGACAGGUCGCUGUAUUCCCAGAACGCUGCAGUGUAGUGGCGAGGACGACUGUGGGGACAUGUCAGAUGAAGCAGGCUGUAAGAAGGUUUCUAAGCCCUGCAGGCAGGAGGCUGAGGAGUACUGGGGAAUUGAAAAUCUUGCCAAAGGAAUAAACAUCCUGAACAGCAACCUGGAAGGAGUGGUGCUCGACAACAGAUACUACGCAGGCAGCUGUCUGCCUCACUACAUCCAGGAUGUCAGAUUCAGGAAGCCUUACAACUUACAGCAGUACACGCUACAGACAAAAGGCUCAUAUGAUUUCACCCUGCAGUCUUUUGAUUCCUACUCUGACUACAUGGACCACACCGUUAAGGAGCGCACGUCAAAAACCACUGUCUCUAUCGGCUUUGCCAUUCCAGGGGUAGUGGAAUUUGGAUACAACUUCAACAGCGACAAAUACUCUAAGUCAGUCCAGAAGAUUCGCCGUUACUCUGGCAAGACCAACAGCUUUGUGAGGGCAAAAUCAGAACUGGAGUUGGCCCAGUACAUGCUGAAGUCGGAUGAUUUGAUGCUUCACCCAGAAUUUCUGCAGCGCCUUCGCUCUCUGCCACAGACUUAUGUUUAUGGGGAAUACAGGCAGAUCUACAGGGACUACGGUACCCACUACAUCACCGAGGCUGCCCUCGGAGGAGACUAUGAGCACACCAUCAUCUUGAACAAGGAAAGGCUGGAGAAGUCAGAUUACUCUUUGGAAGACUACUCAUCUUGUGUGCAGUCAGGCCUGAAGGUUGGAGCGAGCAUAAGUGGUGUUUAUGUAUCGGCUGGGUUGAAUUUUGGAUCCUGUAGUGGCCUGCUGAAUGAGAUGGGAGGGGACACAGUCAAUGGCAGCAUGGUGGAGGACUUUGUUGCUGUCGUAAACGGUGGAAGCAGCGAAUCCAUCAGUGCUUUGGUGUCAAAGAAGCUUCCCACCCCAGAGCUGAUGAGACUGUGGGGCGAAGGCGUGCGCUUCAACCCGGACUUCAUUCGCAAAACAACGCGGCCGCUGUAUGAGCUGGUGACCUCCAGAGACUUUUCCCAUUACGCCACCCUGAAAAGAAACCUGAAGCGAGCCCUGUCGGAGCACCUGGCUGAGGCUAGUUCAUGUCGCUGCGCUCCCUGUCGCAACAAUGGAGUGGCUGUUAUGAGAGGCACAAGGUGUGACUGUGUGUGUCCUGUUGGUUACACUGGACGGGGCUGUGAAAUCACGAAUAGGCAAAAAGAAGUGGCCAUCGACGGCAGCUGGAGCUGCUGGGGAGCCUGGUCGUCCUGCAGUGGAGGGAAACUGACGAGGAGUCGGCAGUGUAACAACCCGACACCCAGCAAUGGAGGCAUGACAUGCAGCGGACUGCAGGAAGAGUCUACUGGCUGCUUUUAGAAACCCCUGAUGUCGAGGAUGUCAUAGUGUGUGGUGUGUUUGUCUUUGACUGCCUAAGUGUGACUUAAUGAUUCAUAUUUGAAUAAAAAGGUACCUAAAUUGGA